UUCUUUCUUUAUAGGGCAGAGGGUCGGUGCUCAUGUCAGACCGCUCAUCUCCGCUCCUUCCUCCUCCUCCCUCUGCUCACACUCACCUCCGACACUACCAUCGCGUCACGUCACGUCUGGGAGAAAGCCCGCACUUGGUUACCGCCCCCAGCAGUAUUCUCCAGCAGAGCUCCUCCUCUUCCUCCUCCUGUUCCUCGCCCUCGUCCUCUUCCUCCGCCAUGACUAGAGGGUUGUUAGCGAGUGGAGGGGGAGGGCUGGUCAGAGAAGGGAACACGUACGAGAUAGCACUUGAUGUGAGGCAGUCGAGCCUGACGGGAGGCUCUUGCCAGGCUCUGGCCUUGUCGGAUCACUUCAGACUGCCGGGGACUUGGCCCGAGAACGUUAGCAAAGAGUCUCCUUCGUAUGACCUGAGUUCCCUUCAGGGCAAGGGUCGAGGUCGGGUGUGCGAUCACUGUGGGAAGGUCUUUCAGUUUACCAAUGACCUGCGCAAACAUAUCCGAACACACACGGGAGAAAAACCUUACAAGUGUCCGUACUGUAGUUACUGCGCCACCCAGAAGGUUCACCUGCGUGGCCAUAUUGUGAGGAGACAUGGACCUGCGCCUUCUCUGAGUCAAGAUGGGUAGACCAAAAAAAAAAAAGAGAUAAAAAUUACUUAUGCUUUGAGAGAGAGUACCUCAGAUUUUGAUGGCUGUGUGGUAACAUUGGAUGAGCGAUCGGGACCACUGAGAGGAUAUUUUUUUUCCUUAUAGGGCGUGCUGGCAGGUACCAUGGUAGGCGUAGACAUGAGUGGCCUCGUCCCUCGUCCGGACACCCACACGCUACGCUACAAGGCUCAAGACCAUCUGGGAAGAACGCUUUAUGGAUGUCGUAUUUGUGCGAAAACCUUCUUCUACGCCGGGGAUUGGCGCAAGCACAUACGAACGCACACCG